AUGGACGAAAACACAUUUACACUUAAACUCGCCCCACCUACCAAUGAUAAUACAACAGAACGACUUGAACAAAUUGAUCAACUCAAAUACUUUCUAAGUACAGCUACGCAUGAUUGGGAUCCUUCUCGUCAAGUCAAUGCAUUCCCUUUGCCCACAGGUGAACACCUAUCGUGUGUGUUUUGGAACGACCUAUUUCACGUGACAGGCACUGACAUUGUCCGCUGCUUAUUGUACCGAUUCCAUCUGUUUGGCAGACCCGUCACGAACCUGAAGAAAUUUGAAGAAGGCAUCUUUUCCGAUCUACGCAAUUUAAAACCCGGCAUGGAUGCUUCGCUUGAAGAACCUAAAUCCGAAUUCCUCGACAUGCUCUAUAAACACAACUGCAUUCGUACACAAAAGAAACAAAAGGUCUUUUUUUGGUUCUCUGUGCCUCAUGAUCGAUUGUUUCUGGACGCACUUGAAAGAGACUUGAAGCGAGAAAAGAUGGGAUUAGAACCUACGAGUGUGGCGAUUGCUGAACCAGCCACGUCCUUGUCAUUGGAUACCACACAAGAAUUGUUUGAUCAGCUUAGGAAGAGUAUGUCGUUGUCUGCUGUGGCGGUGGCUCAUGUUUUGGAUGAAAAUUUAGUUGAUAGCUGUGCUUCUUCUCCUACUAUUUCUUCACAUGCUUGUUUAGCAGAUACUGAUACGAAUGACUGGUCUUACUUGAAAUCCAAUCCACCCACAAGUUACUCUGCUGGUACUUCACCCCAAUUACCGUCAACACCCUUUGAAUACUUUCCUCAAGAUGAAAAGCAACAAACGAUCUUUGGUGCCUUUAGUCUCUUUGAGGGUUCGCCUACUUACAAGCAACGACAAAGAAGAAGAACAUUCUCUCAUUCCCCUUUUGAUUGCCCUCCUUAUGACAUUAUUCAUCCUUCUACUCUAUGCCAAGUAUUGAAACAACAACAGCCAGAAGAAAAGACUUUUGCUUGUCCUUUACCUCAAUGUGCUCGACUCUUUAAACGAUUGGAACAUUUAAAACGCCAUUUCCGUACUCAUACGAUGGAAAGACCUUAUUCAUGCGACAUGUGUGGCAAGAACUUUUCAAGAACAGACAAUCUGGCUCAGCAUAAAAAGACACAUAACCGGUCACGUCCAGUCAGUCGAUCCAAUAGUUGCAAAAAGACGACCACGAUAGAUACAGAAUGGAUGUGGCAUUCUAAUCUGACUUCACCUCUAUGUUCUCCUGUCUCUGUUGAUAAUCGAUUAUCAUGGCAUUCUUUAGAAGAAGCCUUCUAUGACCCACUUAUGCCCACUAUGUAUCCAUGGAACACCUAA